AUGUGGCAUGCGAAGCGAUUCCACAUGGCAGACACGUGGGGGUACUCGCUGGCAGCACGGCUGCAUGGCAGGGGGCGUGGCAGCCGGGCAGUGGUGGAGGCGGUAAGCAGGGCGGCCGUGCUGCACGACGCGUCCUACCACUCCGCCAUCCAGCUCACCGGCGCGCAGGCGGACAUCUGCGCGCUGCUUGCGCGCUGCACUCCCCCGGGUGCACUUCCCCUCGCCCCUCACACGCCGCAUGCAGCAUGCACAGCCAGGGGUGCUGGGGCGAGGGGCGAGGCACCAUGGGCAUGCCUUGUCCUCCACCACAGCGUGCCUUGUCCUCCACCACAGCAUGCCUUGUCCUCCACCACAGCAUGCCUUGUCCUCCACCACAGCAUGCCUUGUCCUCCACCACAGCAUGCCUUGUCCUCCACCACAGCAUGCCUUGUCCUCCACCAAAGCAUGCCUUGUCCUCCACCACAGCAUGCCUUGUCCUCCACCUUCCAACCAUCCAAGCGUCACCAUCAUCCUCAUCCUCCCGCAUCUCGCACCUCCUCCUUCCUCCACAGCCUCACCCCUCCCCCCGUUUCCCCUGCCUCCCAUCUCCACUCCACUGUCUCCCCUUCCUCCCCAUCUGAUCAGCUCUGCUCCUCCUCCAGUGAUAACAGCAGCAGCGACGUGAUUGGUCCCGCCAGUUUCAUGUGGCAGCCAGCGGCGUGUGCUGGCGGGGCGGCAGUUCAAGGGUGUGGUGCUGCUGAUGGACCUGGUGAUGCGCCCUUUGCUGCUGCUGUUGGUGCUGCCAGCAGUGGGAGUGGUGGGAGAGAGAGAGGCGGUGGGGAGGUGAAGGGAGGGCAGGAGGAGGGGAUGGGAUGGAAGCAGCGGAGGAGGGAGAGGCAGGGGCGGCGCAAGCAGGAGCAGCGGCAGCAGAGGCGCGUGUGGGUGUGGGUGCACGCACUCAUGCUGCCUGACGCCCUGGCCGCCCUCACAGCCGCCAGUCAGCCUGUAGGGUUUCACCGUUCUCCACCCAUGCAGAGGCAGGAGAGUGGCAGCGAGCACAAAGGCCCGAGGCGGAGGCGGGUGAGUGUGGAGAGCCGUGAGGGCGAGCUGUGUCGCGUGGAGGUGGCGGGGCGAAUGGCCCUCCCCCUGCUGCUCUCCGUGCUGCGCCCCUCCGCCCCUUUGGACGCCCUCUCCCCCGCGCUGCUGCCGCCACCCUUCACUGCUGCUGCUGCCCGUGCCGCCACUGCCUCCCCUGCUGCUCCCGCCUCUGCUUUGCCUGCUGGCCUCCCUGACUCAUCCGUUGCAGCAUCACUGCGCCUGCAGCAGUCAGAAGCGUCCUGGAAGGUGCUGGCGGAGCACGGGGCGUGGCUCCCUGGUGGGGCCGUGGUGGGGUUCAGAGCCGUGGACGCGCGGCUCCUGGCGGGCAGUGGGAGGGGGACUGGAGGGGUAGCUGGUGGGGCGGGUGGUGGGCGCACAAGGAUAGGCUCUUGUGAUGGCCGGCACGCUGGGAGGGCUCAUGUGUCGCACAAGGGUGGUCUGUGUUUCGAUUGGUGGAGAGAUGUAGCAGGAUCGGUGGAUGGGGCCUUUAUUGCAGCUGCUCCCACUUUGUGGGUUUCGAGAGAGCAACGGAGAGCAGCACACUGCAGGGAGGAGCAUGGGGCAGGCAGGGGGAGGGCGAAUCAGUCAGAGGAGGAAGAUGUGGAUAUGCGUCAUGAGUCGGAGGAAGACGAGGAUGCGAAACUGACAAUUGGUGAUAGUGGGGAAGAGAGGGCGGAGAGGCGUGGAAGGGUGGGAGGGCAGCGAGGAGGAGAGUCGAGCGGCACAGCAGCCGCUAUGACUAGCAGCACCCCUCUCCCUCCCCUCGGACCUCCCCCCCAGCGCCUGCUGGAUGCAUGGCGGCGCGCCCUCAAGCUGCAGGGGCUCAUGGGGGCGCGCGAGGCACGGCGCAUGGGGGAGAGCGUGGCGGGGCAGUGGGCACAGUGGCAGGCGGGCAGGGGGGAUGGGGGGAGUGGUGGGGAGGGGCGGGGAGGAGGAGAUGAGGCGUGUGGAGGAGAGGGGCAGGGAGGAGGGGGGCAGGGAGGAGAGGGGCAUGGAGGAGUGUUGUGUGGAGAGCAGGCAGGGUGCGAUGUGGUGGUGGUGAAGCAUGGGUGCGGUGCCAUGCAGGGUGCUGCCGUGACCAGGUGGUCGGUCAUCCUGCCGUCGGACUGCCUGCACGCAUGUUGGCACCCAUUCAUCCUGCACGGCGCUCAUGCCAUCGGGCUCGCCGAGUGGCACACUCUCUUCACAGCCGCGGGUCUGCCUCUCUUCCCUUACGACUAUCCUGAGACCUUCUCCUACAGGUGCCACGUGGCAGCCUCAUAUUUGCUGCAGCGCGCCCGCUACGACCGCACGCCGGCCUCCAAGCGGCCUCUGUGUCCCCCCCUGCCGCCUGCCUGGGCCGCCGCUUGUGGUGCUCGUGGAGGGGUCGGGGGAGGAGGAGAGAGCGGGGGAGACGGAGGGGAUGGGGGAGAGGAGGGUGGAGGAGAGGCAGAGGCAGCAUGUGAUGUUGACUUGAGGGUGGCCCGCUGCUCUGCUGCCGUGCUCUCCGCCUUGCUGCCUGCUGUGCUGCGCCAUGGCUGUCGUGGUGGUGGUGGGGAUGGUGGUGGCAGUGAGGGCGAGGGCAGCACGGCAGUACGACUGGACGGCCAUGGCACAGGGACGAGCGGGAGAGGGCAGGCAGGGCAGGCGGGCAGGGGGGAAGGUGAGAGGGAGGUGAGAGGGGUGGGAGGGGCGCAUGGCUCACGGGUGAGUGUGGAGUGGAGGCGGGUGGGGGAGAGGGCGAGAGGGCCGGGCGCAUGGGAGGAGAGAGGAGCUGUGGGUGCUGCUGGUGGGGGGUGUGGGGCGGAAUGGCAGGGAGGGGGAAGCGUGGGCAUGAUGGAUGUGGCCUCGCCUGCGCCAUGCCCACCACUGCCCCUCCACGGGCUCUCAAGUAGCGCAGCGGCACAACGGCAGCAUGAGCAGCAGGGGACGUGCAUGGUGGCGGUGCGAGUGGUGCCAGCUGGCAGAGGGGCAGCGCAGACAGCAGCAGAGCUGUGUGUACCGUCGCACCAAGACUUCCACCGCUUCUGCUCGCGAUUCAAUGGGGCUGCUGUGCUUGGCGCCCGUGCCUCUGCCUGGCGUGGAUUUGCCCUCCCUCCCUCCCUCCUCCGCACCAGGCUCGGCUCCAUACCUGUUGCUGUGGCUCGGAAGACGAAGCGGCAGCUGCAGAAGCAGAAGCAGAGGGAGAGGCAGCGAGGCACAGAGGAGCAGCGAUAUGUGGCGGGGUUGAGGGGGAGGGAGCGGCUGCAGAGGAGGGGGGGUGAGGGGGCGAGGGAAGAGGGCCAAGGGCGUGGAGGGGCCAGGCAGGGGGCGGUGGAGAAAGGGGCUCGGGAAGUGGUUGGGUUUGUGACGAGUGCUGCACCGCGAGGCAGGUGA